CUCCCGCGCUCCGAUAGCAAAUGCGGCGGCGGCGGCGCAAAGUCUCGGCCAUCCAUGCCGGGCCCCGGCCCCGGCCCGCCGCCGCCGCCUCCAGCAAGCAGCGUGGCCGGGGCCUGGGAACGGCUCGGAGUGCAGGCGGCGCGCGGGCGGCGCGCAGAAGGCGGUGUCCGGGGUCACCGGAGGCACAGACAGCCGAGCCGGUCAGCACACCGGCGGACUGGGCUUCUCCGCGGGCGGCCGCGCUCCGAGCCGGCGACCGCCGUGCAGGUCCAUGGUCUGCAGAGGCAAGCAGAAGAGACUCGGUGACUAGGGGGUUCUUCUCGCCCGGGGUACCCGCCCCUCCUGCUACGGUCCCCCUCCUCGCGCGCCAACCAGUGUGGCAUCCAGACCGGACAGCGAGGCUGGGAGCGCUCGGAAGACUCCCUACUGCACACGCUUACGCGCCGGGUCAUUGGAGCCGCCCUGCACGCGGGUCCGCGAGCACACACGCACCGUCCGAGCCACGCUUGGCCUGCAAGAGCCAGAGGCAACCCAACCGCGCUGCGCGCAGCUUCCCUUUCUGGUCCCUGAGAGUCCCUGCGGCGAAGGCGCCGUUGCGAAGAGGCUGCUGGCUCCGCUGGGUGAUAAAAACCCAAAUCUGCGAAGCCAUCACGCACACUCGCACGCGCGCGCACACACACACACUCUCACACACACGCACACCCUCUCCCCUCCCCCGCUGCCCAAAGGUGUCUCGGAGGAAAAAGCCCGGGGUCCACGCUUCGCCCCCCCCAUCCCCGCCUGUCUUUCUGAGUCCAUUCUUUUGAAUGUCGUCCCCCACUCAGCCCCAGUGGGACCGCCCCCCCACCCCAGCAUUGUGCCACAACCCCAGACUGGCGUCCGGAGCUCCGGGCACCCCUCGACCGCCACCGGCAUCACCUGGGCCGCUACGCCGCAGUGCCUGGCCUGCUGUCCCCGAGCCCGGAGCUUCCCGGUGAGGCUGGAACAAUCACCCCGCCCCCCAAUCAAAUUCGCCCAGGAUCUUCCUCUGCGGAUUGGGGGUUUGGGGGGGAGGGGGCUCAGAGAGUCAGAAAUUGUUUUCUCUGGGCCUCCCAAAUCGGCCACAAUGUUUCUCCAUCCAGCGCCUGCUCGGGAUCACCUAACCAAGGCUGUUCUCCCCGCGUGGCACCUAGGUCGACCCUGCAGGGAAGGAGCACAGACCAAGCACAGCUCAGCCUUCUCCUGCGUCGGGGUCCCAGCAGACCUCGGUCCUCGGGUCUUCCAUCCCCAUCUCGGGCAGGGCCGGCUUAAAAUGACCCUCCUCUCCCUUUUCUUCUACCCCUCCCACCGCGGAAGUCUGCUCCCGGGCGAAAUCGGAGACAAUUUCAAACUCCGAGAGGAGCAACCGAGCAAGCGAAAUAAACUGUACAACCACCAUGCACGUGCGACCAAAGUCUCUCGACCCUCCUCCAUUUCGAAUACUUCUCUCCUUAUUUCCGAAAUAUGCAUUGUUUUAACACUUCGUCUCGGUUCCAACAGAACGGAGAUACUCUUAACUGUGAACUUUGCAGACAAUCAAAACCUUUUUUAAAGCCAUCCCACCGUGACAACAAAGCGAUUAAGAUGUUUUCUAUUUCGUAAAUACCAUUUAAAAUUGCUAUAUUUUAUGCUCUGGGUUCUACAGUGUUUUAUUUGCACACUAUUUUGUGUCUGAUUUAAUCUAUAACCGAAAACAUAAUGUAUUAAGUGAAUACAUAUUUGCUCAGCUGAUAAGCUUUUUUAAUAUUUAUUCGGAGAAUUUUGCAUUGUAAAUAAACGGGACUACACAA